UGACAAUAUUGCAAUGGCAAAAGAAUGGAAAGACAAACAGUUAGUGGUUAAGGGCUACUUUAUGCAAACUAGAAAUAAAUUUAUGCAGAAAAAGCUCUCAAGUAGCCUCAAGAACACAUGCAUAAUCACCAAACAGUUCAAUAAAGGAGCAAGAUCACAAAUAAUGAGUAUCCACAAAGGAAAUAGGAACAUUAAGUUUACUGAGAGUGAUUCUCUCAAAUAAGGGAGCAAAUGUAUUGGCAACAUAUCUUAGAAACCGCUCUCAGCAUUCCAGGGGCAACAUUGUAGAAGAUUUUAAACAAUUUGUCAGGAGUUUAAAAAGCAAAAAGGUGAAAUAAGAGGAAGAAGAACGUUCAGCUAGCCUCAAAGAAAAAACUUAAUAACACUUUCGAAUGAACGCAGCCUUUAAGAAUUGUAAAUCCUCCCAGAAUUCGUAUUGAGAAAAUCCAGAAUCCAAAACCAACACUAGAUAAAAGAUCUGGAUCUACAGACAACCAACUGGAGGGUCCCUCUUUACUAUCCCAGGACUUCACUCAUAGUAAAGUCAAAAGAGGAUUGGGCAAUAAUGACAGAAUUAUCCUCUUCAACCCACCGAACAUUCUUUCAAAAAGCACUACUGAACACUUUCUAUUUCCGAAAGAAACUCUAGGUGUGAAGCCAGUUAUUCAGAAUACCACGAAGCCUCUUCUUCGUGGUAGAAAAAGCAACAAGGGUUUCUCUCGAAAUGCUAAUUUCACACCAAUUAAAAACAACUCUAAAGGAGAUAUGUUUUCUUCUUUCUUGAAGCAGAGCAAGACUUCUGUCCAUGCUAAUUGGAAUCUGAAAAGAGCAGAUCAGCAAUUUUAGUAAAACCAAAAAGUUUUUAGACUUCUCAGAGUCUACGAAGAUCGAUCCCAGUUUUCCCCUGGAAAAAUACUCACAUAGCAUGGUCGGGAUGCCUGCAUCUCGGCCCGACCUGAAACAUUACACUCAUUACAAACGUGAUUGGAUUCCUCAAGACUUGGAAAGGAUAAAUUCCUUUGCUGAGAGCAUUUUUCAGCUGAGAAAAAUUCAUUAACCUUACAUCCAAUUAGGAAGGUAUUCAUCG